CCUGACAGUACAUGGACCUAUUGACUUUACGUUCUUGCCUCUCCUGUGGUGUGAUAGCUAAAAUGUACGCGUGGCCGUGCAGCCGGAACCAAAGACGCCUCACCAGCAUUGUUUUCGCCAAUUGACCCAAUUCAAAACAUGACUGACGUUAGGGCUGCCGUGCGUAUUAGGCCGGCUGCCCGCUCGGGUGGUCCGCCUUUGUCCAUCAAGGGCCAGUAUGGCCAGUUUGCAUUUGACUACGUUGUCGAAGAAGGAGCUAGUCAAGAGGGCACCUUCAACGAAUGCAUUUUGCCGCAAGUUAAUAACUUUCUGCAAGGAUCGUCCUCAGCAAUCCUCGUCUAUGGCGCUAGCUCUACGGGUAAAAGCUACACUCUCGAGGGUGGCUCGUCCGCAAACCGGACCGAAGGUGCCAUUCCGCGAGCCUUGCAAGCAAUUUGUAAGAACCUGGCGGUUGUGCCAAAGCACCGCUAUAAGCUCUACAUCACAUACUGUGCGCUUUCGGCGGGCGUGGAGGCCUUGAUGGUGGAUUUGCUGGCACCUGGGUCACCGCCCACGUCGCUAAAGGAAGCAUCAGCCACCGGGGCGCUAGCACGGUUGCUGCACUACCAGGUGGAAUCGUCUGAGGACAUCUACGAGGUGCUGCGCCAAGGCCGGAUGACCCGGACAACAGUGUUCGCCAGCGCUUCAGCGAAUGCAUCAGGCAGCAGCACCAACCGCUCCGGUCGGGCCAUGCCCACGUCCGCUCACUCCAUGCUAAACAUCCAGCUCACGGGCUUCGCUGCGAGCGGCGAGCAGCUGGCGACCAACCUGACCUUUGUCGAACUGGCUGCACCGGAGGCCAAGGACCUGAUGGGCUAUCCUGCCGCUGUCGACGGCGGCCUCGCACGCUCGCUGUCGCUAGCGUACGCUAGCCUGACAGCUGUCAUCACAGCCCUGAGGGCAGGGACCAGCAGCGGCUUGGGCUCAGCGCGCAAUCAGGAGUCGCCGGCGCGGGGCCGCACGCAUGUCCCGUGGCGGGACUCACCCCUGACGCGGUGGCUGAAGGGCUGUCUGGACAUGGCGGGCAGCAUACUGGUCAUUGCGACGGUGGCGCCGGGCUCAGAGGCCGCCGCUGACACGUUGGCCACGCUCAGUUACGUCAACCGGCUCCGCUCGGGGCCCAGGUCUGAUGGCCUCCUCGUCACUGCGACCUGGGACAGCACGGACAGCUCCGCCGCAGCGGGGUUGACCGCCGCAGCGGCGCAGCAGGAGCUGAUGCACUCCCUGCAGCGCACAGCACAGGCGCAGCGCGAGCGUCAGGAGCGGGAGCGGCAGAUGCAGGAACGCGAGAGGGAGCGGGUGCGGUUUGGCAGCCCCAUCCAGGUCCGCGCGUCGCCGUCAGCUGCCAGCUCCGUGCGAGGACAAGGCUCUGGACGGUUCAGCCCCAGCUAUGACGAUGCAGCUUCCUUGGAUGCGCGCUACCUCACAGCUGCGGGCUCCGGCGCUCCCUCGCUCGCACGCUCUUCCUCCGUGCCUAGGAACGGCGGCCUUAACUCGACUGCACCAGCAGCAGCCGGCGCAGCAAACGGAGGCUCGGCGUCUCUGCCACGGUCGCUUUUGGACGCGACGCCCGCAGCAACCCCACGCGAUUCCGUAUCUACCCCGAGGCCAACGAACGCGGACCAGCAGCAGCAACAACAACAGCAGUCAUCGCUGCCCCAGCCCUUCCUUACAGGCGGCAGCUCACGAGUCGUCGGUGUGAGCCAGUCCUCCUCAUACCAGCAACAGCACCGGUCAUCGGUUACCUCGCUGCAGCAGCAGCAGUCGCAGCAGCAACAAGCCAAGGGGGGACCGCUGACGGAGCUGCUGGCCUCGUUGCAGCUUGGAGAAGGCUCCGCCUCCCAGCAGGGUCUGCGGCUGGACCGGGUUGAGUCGCAGCAGUCGCGCAUGAGCGGCCAAAACAGCCCCGGUGCAAGCGCACUCAACAGUGCUGGGCCGUCGGGUGCUGCAGGCGGCGGUGGCGGGGGUACUAGCCGCGACGGCGAAAGGAGCGGAUUUAAUGCAGCACUGGAUGUGUUGGGGCGGCAGGUGGAGCAGCUGAGGGCGGAACUGGAGGCUGAGAGGCGGGAGACGGCACGGCUGAAGGCCGAGGCUUCCCACAAGGAGGCCGCCAACCGCUCCGCCAGCGAGCUGCUGGAGGCGAAUGCCUCCGCGGCCCUGUCCGAGGCGCGUAGCCAGGUGGAGAGCAUGCGCAAGCAGCUGGAGACCAGCGAGAAUGCGAGGCAGCUGCUGAACCGCCGUGUGCAGCAGCUGGAGGACCAGCAGAGCAGCGUGCUGGACAUCCAGGCUGAGUCCAGCAUGCUGGAGGCCCAGGUGCGGGCGCUGCAGGACCGGCUGAGUGCGGUGAGGUCGGAGCAGGCCUCCCUGGAGGAACAGCUGGCGGACGCAAGGGCUGCAGCAGAUGCCAUGCGGCAGGACCGCGAUCGUCUGCAGCGCCAGAACCACGAGCUGUCUGAGAAACUGCAGGGCCAGGUCCGCAACCUGGGUGAGGAGACCUCGCGGCUGCGCUCUCAGGCGAUGGACGCUGCCGAGCUGCUGGAGGCUGAGCAGGUGGCCCGCCGGGCGGCCGAGACGGCGCUGCAGCAGCUGCGUGUGCAGGUGGAGAACAGCCGCAGCGCGGAGAGCAGCGCGCUGCAGCAGGCGGCGGCGCUGGCGGUGCAGGUCAAGGACAUGAACAACGCGUUGGAAACCGUGCGAGCCGAGCGCAACAAACUGCAGGAUGCCAAGUGGCGGUCCGAUGAGCGUGCGGAGCAGCUGAGCCUGGAGCUGGAGGCGGCCGCCACGCAGCGGGCGAAGCUGGAGAUGGACGCGCGGGUGGCCUCGUCCAAGGCAGAAAGCGACCUGCGAUCUGCUAUCUCUGCCGCGGAGGGCAUGAAGAUUGAGUUGAGCGGAGCGCGAGCACAGGUUGAGAGCCUCAAGCAAGAGCUGCGUACGGCGCAGCAGGCGGCUGAGGACGCGGUGCGGCGUGAGAGCACUGCACACAUCGACAUGCAGGAGAUGGAGUCCCUGCUGCGAGAGCUGGACCGUGACCUGGAGGUCCAGGUGAACGCCGUGUGGCGCCAGCUGCGAGCCGAGCGCGCCGACUCGCUGUUCGGUGUGCCGGAGGGCGGGGCCGUGGCGCCCGCACGGCGCUGGCGGCCGGUGCUGCAGGCGCUCGUGAGCAUCAUGAAGAGGAAUGUCAACGAAGCUGAGCGGCAAAGCCAGGCACUUGAGCAUGCGCGCGAGCGAGUGGCCAGCCUGGAGUCCCAGGUGUCCCGCACCAGCGAGCUGGCCACCAGCCUGGCGGCGCACCAGCAGCUCAAGGCGGCGCACAUGAGCGAGCUGGAGGAAAGCCGCCGCAGCAUCGCGCUCAUGGACCAGGCGCUCACGGAGGCGAACCUGGAGUGCCAGCGUCUGCACCGGCAGCUGGAGGAUCUCACGACGGCACACAAGGCCCUCACAACUCAGGCGGCAGAGCGAGAGGCCACAUUGCAGGCGCAACUGACUGACCGGGAGGAGCGUCUGCGCUCUGCGGCUGCCGAGCACGACAGGAAGGUGCAAACGCUGAAGGAGGAGUGGGACGCAAGGAUGCAGAUGCAGGUUGCGGAGCGCGAGUCGCGCCUGCAUGCCGCCAUCAUGGAUGCGGAUGCCAAGGUGCACGGCGUCCUGGCCGAGCGGGAUGCGCGUAUCGCAGCUGCGGUAGCAGACGGCGAGUCACGUCUGCGCCAGGUGCUUGAGGAAGAGGAGGCGCGCUUCCAUGAUGCCGUCUCCGAGCGUGACGCUCGAAUUUCGGCGCUUGCAUCGGAGCGUGACAACCUGCAGCGGCAGCUGUCGACGUUCAGCACGAUACAGGGCGAGGACAGGCAGGAGCGGGACUUGCUGCGACUGAAGGCCCACGCUCGGGACCAACUGCUGAACCUGAUCUGGUCCGAGGUUCGCACCAUCAAGGUGGUCUGCGCGUCGGGCGCGUCCAACUCACCCCAGACGCCCAUGGGCGUGUCGUUCUUCCCCAUGUCCUCGCCCCUGUCGUCGCCGAGGUCUCCUGGAAGGGGCAUGCACGGAAGCCCGGACUCGGAGGUUAGCCUGGACUGGGGAGAAGCCGUAUGCCAGGAGCGGCUCCUCAAGAGCCUGGCGACGGUGCGAGCCCAGGUUACCAAGCUGCAUGGCGAGCUAGGUACGCUUCGCAACAACGCCAGCAUGGCCGAAGAGAUGAGCGGCCAGCUGAGCGCCACAAAGACGCGGCUGGCGGAGGCGCAGCGCAGCGUGGAGGACCUCACCUCGCGCUUGUCGGGGCUGGACGCAGAGCUCCGGGACGAGCAGCGCAACAGGUGCAACGCGCAGCAGCAGCUCGCCAGCAGCGAGUCCGCCGUGGCGUCGCUGCAGGCGUCCCUGUCUGAGGCGCGCCAGACGGUUGCUACGCUGCAGGAGGAGGUUGCGGUGCUGUCCAAGUCACGUGACACCUGGAAGGACACCGCCGCACAGCAGGAGGCCCAGCUCAAGGAGAUGUACGCGGAGAACGAGUCACGCGCCAACGAGCUGUCACGACUGCGCUCCGAAGCGCAGUCUGCCAGCGCGGAGGCGAACGGAGCCACCGGGCGCAUUCGCCUGCUGGAGUCCCAGCUGCAGGACGCCCAGGGGCAGCUGGAGACGCUCACGGGUCGGCUGGCAGGCAUGGAGAAGGCCCUGACGGACGCCAACGCGCGCAUCUCGACGCUGACCGGGCAGAUGGUGCUGGCGGACAGCGAGGCGCGACUCAAGGCGCAGGAGCUCAUGGCACGUGCGCAGGCGGCAGAGGACGCGGAGAAGCUGGCAAAGGCCAAUGCCAAGGAGGCUGUGGACCGCCUGGAGGCGCGGCUGCGGGAGGCCACCGACCAGGGCGCCCGACUGGUGGCUGACGUGGAGGCCAUGCGGCUGGAGCGCUCGGAGGCACAGCAGAAGGUGGAUGACAUGCAGCGGCAGCUGGUGGAGGCCCGAGCCCGCCUGGUGGACUCGGACCACGUGUCCAAGCAGUUGCAGAAGCUCAUCAGCGAGCGGGACAACCUGCAGGACCAGGCCAACUCGCUGCGCAACUCGCACGUGCAAGCAACCGAGGACGUGCGCAGCCUGCGGCGGGCGCUGGAGAGCACCCAGGAGCACCUGCAGCGGGUCACGGACGAGAAGACGCGGCUGGCUGCACAGCUGGAGCAGCAGCGGCUGGAGGCCAUCAUGAGCAACAUGGCACCCAGGACCACCGGUCGCAUCGGGGCGCUGAUAAGGCCCACCAGCGGGGCGGGCAGCGAGCCCAACGUCAGCAUGGCGGGAGCAGCUGAAGCCCAGCGGGCGGCCGCACCUGCGUCCUAUGUAAGGCCGUACACGGGGCUGACUUACCCGGCCAUUGGCGCGCCCUACUCCAUCGCGCCGUCCGUGGGGGCCAGCCCCUCCGUGUCGCGUCACAUGGUCGGCCUGGGAUCCACGCCAGCGCCAGGUGGGCCCUUCACCCCGGCCGGCGCCACUACAAGCUCUGUAUCGCUCUUCGACAGCGCUAUGAAGCUGGGGCUGCAGACCGGCGCUGGCAUGAGCUCGCUUGGCGUCGGCAGCGGCGGGUCUUAUGGGAGCGGGUCUGCUGAAGAUCCCAUGUCUGCUAUUCGUGUGCAUGUGCGUACCUCACCGCCGCAUAGCAUGGGAGAGCCGCGACAGAAAUGAGAGCUAGCUAGCACCUGGUGUUCUGACGAUCUGACCUAACGUGCACAAAUUCACAUACAACCGAGGCAUUGCGACGUUAGAUGCUGCUGUGUGACUUCCGUUUGGACCCCUGAAAAGAUGCUGCUGUAUGACUUCCGUUUGGACCCCUGAAAAGGGAGACUUGCUGUGCUGUGCUGAGGUGGUGAGGUUUACCGCUUGGACAUGUUACCCCCCUGUGAACUCAUUACGCAACGUAUUCUACGAUAUGGAAUAGUACCAAGUGGGCGAAUGCCAGACCUGCUUUUGGGAGGGACAACUUUGCCACUUGUGCUAGACCUGGAACCGUGCCCUCGUUGAUGGUUAAUGAUCACGUGAGCCAUGAGGCAUGCGCAUCUUCGGAAGAUGUCGUACUCCUGACAUCGAGCUGAGCCGUCGUGCACCUAACGUCACAUCUAGUAUUGUUUGAGUUAUCCCGCGCAAAUGAUGAUAUGUAGGCGUAAAACGUUAUCUGGUAAGUGGAUCUAUAUCUCAAUUGACUGUUGCUUGAAACGAUGCACAACAUGCGUCAACGGUCAGCCACCUCGCGUUGGACGUCACGAUAUAAAUGAAUUCCGG